CGAAAAACUCCACAAUGGCCGAGAUUGAUAGCAAUUCAGGAUUAAAUAAGACCAUCUCCGAACAAAAGGGUAUAUGCCGCAAAAAGUUGUCGUUGAAUGAACACGCUCUACGAAAGCGGCAGGUCUUUAAGUUCGUUACAAGUGACAGAGAUAUCUAUGUGAACAACAAGACACCUUUCAAGGGACAAUUAUAUAAAUGCGAGAAACUGCUUGACAAAGGUGCUUCUGAGCUGGUCAUUCAUGGGCUUGGUGCUGCUGUGUGCAAAGCAGCCAGCUUGGCUCUACGAUUGAAAGAAAUUCAUCAUGAUACUUUAGAUCUUGAUGUUAAAACCUCUACCAUCACUUUAGUAGAUGAUCUAGAAGCAUUAAACGACAAUGUAGAUGAUGAGAUAAACAACAGGCAAAACUCUUCUAUACACAUACGUGUCAUUAGGAGAGUGCCAGUAGCUGUGCUGAGAUCUAAAUUAAGAACAAAUUGAUAUUGAGACUUUGUAAAACGAUAUGUUUAAGUAAUAAGUGUGUAGAUAGAGUGAAUAAUAGAAUAUAUAUG